AUGCCUUCCCGUACAGACUCGCCUCUUCAAGUAGCCAUCAUCGGUGCCGGCUUAGGCGGCCUAGGAGCUGCCGUUUCUCUUCGAAGACAAGGUCAUCAAGUCACCGUCUAUGAGCGAUACGAUUUUGCUGGCGAGGUAGGCGCAUCUUUGAGUGCUGCGUCGAAUGGAAGUCGCUUUCUUAAAGAAUGGGGGGUCGAUAUUCAAUCCGCGAAGCCAGUCAUUCUUCGACAAUUGAUCAUGCAUAAUUGGUCGGAUGGAGAGGUUCAAAGCACAUACCCGCUUGGCGAUUAUAAGUCGAAAUUCGGGACAGACUAUAACAACUUCCAUCGGAUCGACAUUCACCGGGAACUCCUCAAGUCCGCGUUUGAAGAACCUGGUGAAGGGCCUCAAUGUGUGCUGAAGGUCAAUCACAAGGCCAUCAAUGUCAACCCGGAAGAAGGCACCAUUCAAUUCGAGGAUGGCUCGCAGACAUCCGCCGAUAUCAUCGUGGCUGCUGACGGAAUCCGAUCACUCACAAGAGAGUUCAUGGGAAUCACUCCCAACUUCACCAUGUCCACAUCAUGCUGCUAUCGCUGUAUUAUCGGUGCGGAUAAACUCCGCUCCCUCGGCCUGGAGGACUAUAUCUCCAACGAGGCUAUUGAGUAUUGGGGCGGAUUCGGUAUCAACAAAAUUGUUAUGUCCCCUUGUAGCAAUGGAGAGGUCGUCAGUUGCUAUUGCUUUUAUCCAGCCUCUGUCAACAAUCUUCGCGAAGAUGGCUGGAGUAUCGGAGCCUCACCUGAGCAACUGGUGGACACCUUCCCCGAUCUGGAUCCAAGAAUGAGAAAAUUGAUGCUGAAUGCCGAGGAUAUCAAGAUGUGGCGAUUGUACAGACACGAUUCGUAUCCAUACUGGGUGAAAGGAAAAGUCUGCUUGCUUGGCGACGCUGCCCAUCCAAUGAUGCCUGAUCAAUCACAGGGAUCCUGUAUUGCUUUUGAAGAUGCUGGCGCACUUGGCUUGAUUUUCCACAAGAACUUCCGUAAGGACUAUGGAGUCACUGAAGGCUUGUCGCUGUAUGAGCAGUUGCGCAAACCCCGGGCGACUCGGAUUCAGGAGGCGAGUUUCAGAGCACGCGAAGAUCUCAGCGAAAGGAUAGGGUGGAGUAGCUCGUCAGAUCGCCCGGGGAAGCUGACGAUUGAGGAAGUUUGUGCUUAUAACAUGCGUGAUGACUUGGCUCAACUGAUGGAAGGAAGAACUGUUCAAAUUGGAGAAUAG